AUGAGCAAUAUCAGCGACAAGCAUUUGAGCGCCCCCGACAGUGAGAAGGAAGCGGGAGACUUGGAGGCGGGCCCAACAACGAUCAGCUCAGAGCCGUCCCUCGACGACGCCGACAGAGAUUCGAACCUCAUUACCUGGGAUGGACCAAAGAACCCAAAGAAUCCAAAAAACUGGCCUAAAGGCCUGAGAUGGAAGAACACCUGGACCAUCUCUCUCUUUGUCUUCAUCUCGCCCGUGUCGUCUUCGAUGGUGGCUCCCGCCAUGAACGAUCUCGCCAACUCCCUUAGGAUGCGCACCGAAAUUGAGAUCUACUUGUCCUUGAGUAUCUUUAUUCUCGCCUACGCCAUCGGCCCUAUCUUCUUUGGUCCGGCAUCAGAGCUCUACGGCCGGGUACGCUUACUUCAAUUCAGCAACGUGUGGUAUCUGGCCUGGAAUUUGGGAUGCGGUUUUGCGACGACCAAGGGCCAGCUUUUCGCUUUUCGGUUCUUGGCUAGCAUUGGUGGUAGUGCACCGCUAGCCAUUGGAGGUGGAGCUAUAAGCGAUAUGUGGACGGCGGAGGAGCGUGGUAAGGUCAUGGGUGUUUAUACUCUAGGACCACUUCUGGGACCCGUGGCUGGUCCAAUUGCGGGCGGGUUCAUCGCCGAGUAUUCAACCUGGCGCUGGGUGUUCUGGUCCACCUCCACCUCCGCGGCCGCCGUUGCAGUGCAGGUUGUUGGAUUCUUCUGGCUACAGGAGUGUCACCCAGGCAACGAGAAUCUCCACACCGGUGAGAAGGUUGAGACACUGGGCUACAAGCUUCUUCAUGCCUUUGAGCGGCCGGUGAAGACGUUCGCAACGCAACCUAUCGUCUUCUGCAUGGCUAUCUACACGGCUUACCUCUUCGGAAUCACUCCCGGAAUCGGCGGCCUCAACUAUCUCUCGAUUGCCAUUGGAUCCUUUAUCGGGCUCUUCUUCAACCUCAAGCUCGUCGACCGCAUCUACAAAGAUCUUAAAGCGCGGAACGACGACAUCGGCAAGCCCGAAUUCCGCAUGCCGUCGUUGGCCGUGGGCUCCAUCAUCAGCACUAUCGGACUCUUCUGGUACGACUGGAGUAUUGGAAACGCGCACUGGAUUAUGCCCAACAUCGGCGCACUGAUAUUCUCCAUGGGAAUCAUUUCCUGUCUGCAAGUAGCCAAGCAUUCUAUUUCAUAA